UAGAGAGAGAGAGAGAGAGGGGGAAAGUGGGAGGAGAAUAGAAACAGAGAAGGGGAGGGAGAGAGCUUACGGAAAUGGAGGAAGGGCUUCUGGAGAAGGAGGAAAGAAGGGGGAGGGGAAAGUGCUGCGAUUUUACGGAUGAGGCGCGGAGGCUGGGUUACCUCGCAGGGCCGAUGAUGGGGGUGACGCUGUCGCUAUACCUGGUUCAGGUGAUCUCGUCGAUGAUGGUCGGCCAUCUCGGCGAGCUCGCGCUUUCCAGCUCCGCCAUUGCGACUUCCCUCUCCGGAGUCACUGGCUUCAGUCUCCUCCAAGGAAUGGCUAGUGGCUUGGACACUCUUUGUGGUCAAGCAUAUGGAGCACAACAGUACAAGAAGGUGGGAAUCCACACCUACAGAGCCAUCCUGUCACUCUUAAUAGUCUGCCUCCCUAUUUCUCUCAUCUGGAUCUUCAUGGGGAAGCUUCUCACAUUUGUCGGACAGGACCCUCUAAUAUCCCAAGAGGCAGGCAAUUAUGCGGUUUGGAUGAUCCCCGGCCUCUUCGCCUUUGCCAUUGCUCAACCUCUUAUGAAAUUUCUUCAAUCUCAGAGCUUAAUUCUUCCCAUGCUUCUGAGCUCUUUUGUAACCUUUUGCGUCCACUUUCCUUUGUGUUGGGCCAUGGUGUUCAAGAUAGGGCUGGGGAACAUUGGGGCAGCACUUUCUAUAAGCAUUUCUUAUUGGAUCAACGUGUUGAUUCUUGUAAUGUAUAUUAAGUAUUCAGAUUCCUGCAGAGCAACUCGUGCACCAGUAUCGAUGGAGGCUUUCAGGGGAAUUAAUGAGUUUUUGAGACUGGCGAUUCCCUCGGCAGUAAUGAUAUGCCUUGAAUGGUGGUCCUUCGAGCUGCUCGUCUUGCUCUCAGGUCUCCUACCGAAUCCGAAGCUUGAAACCUCUGUGCUCUCUAUAUGUCUCACAAGCAUUUCACUGCUCUACACCAUACCAUAUGGUAUCGGUUGCGCUGCAAGCACACGCGUGUCAAACGAACUAGGAUCUGGGAAUCCCGAGCAAGCUCAUUUGGCCGUUCGUGUGGCGAUAUCGAUCACGGUUAUGGAGGCGGUGGCAGUGAGUUUAAUGCUAUUUGCCCUUCGCCGAAUCAUCGGCUAUGCUUAUAGCUAUGAGGAAGAGGUUGUGGAUUAUGUUAGGGAGAUGACUCCUCUUGUUUCUAUCUCAGUUAUUUCUGAUGGCUGUCUCGGAGUUCUCUCUGGGAUCGCUCGUGGUUGUGGAUGGCAGCACAUAGGAGCUUAUGUAAACCUGGGAGCAUUCUAUCUCGUAGGAAUCCCAAUGGCGGUUUUGUUAGGCUUUUUACUUCACAUUGGAGGUAAGGGUCUGUGGAUUGGGAUUUUGUCAGGUGCAGUGAUUCAGAGCCUUCUUCUUGGAAUAAUAACAGCUUUUACUGAUUGGCAACAUCAGGCAGUGGUGGCUAGAGAGAGGGCAUUUGAAGAGAGACUGCCAUUGCAAGAUGAACUGAAAUGAGUUUUAAAUUUCUGCGUUUUAUUGGAUUAUUAUUAUUUUCCUUUCACUACUGCUUCAACAUAGGAAAUUUUGGAAGAACUCUUAGUCUUCAUUUAACAUUUGAUCGGAGCUUAUUUCAAAUACAUUAGA